CCUGCCACUCCGCUCCGCACUGCAGUGCCCGCUGCCAGCCUAGGCGCUCGGAGGGAGCGGCUUGCCUUCCCCGAGGCUCCGCGCGCAUCGCAUCCAUCCAACCUCUCCAAAGCGCUCGCUGCGCGCACAAGUCCCCGGACCCCCAGCCACCUCGGGCGGGGUGGCUGGGCCCCGGAGCGCGCUCCGAUGAGGCAGGACAAGCUGACCGGCUCCCUGCGACGCGGGGGCAGAUGCCCGAAGCGACCGGGCUCCGGUGGUGGCGGUGGCAGCGGUGGUGGUGGCGGCGGCGGCGGCGGCGUGGGCACUAUCCUGAGCAAUGUCCUCAAGAAGCGCAACUGCAUUUCUAGGACCGCUCCCCGGCUGCUCUGCACCCUGGAGCCGGGAGUAGACACAAAGUUGAAGUUCACUCUUGAGCCAUCUUUAGGUCAAAAUGGGUUUCAGCAGUGGUACGAUGCUCUCAAGGCAGUUGCCAGGCUGUCAACAGGAAUACCGAAAGAAUGGAGGAGAAAGGUUUGGUUAACUCUGGCAGAUCAUUAUCUGCACAGUAUCGCCAUUGACUGGGACAAAACCAUGCGCUUCACUUUUAAUGACAGGAGUAAUCCUGAUGAUGACUCUAUGGGAAUUCAGAUAGUCAAGGAUCUUCACCGCACGGGCUGCAGUUCUUACUGUGGCCAAGAGGCUGAGCAAGACAGGGUCGUGUUGAAGCGAGUUCUAUUGGCCUAUGCCCGAUGGAACAAGAAUGUUGGGUACUGCCAAGGCUUUAACAUCCUGGCUGCACUUAUUCUGGAAGUGGUGGAAGGUAAUGAAGGCGAUGCCCUGAAGAUUAUGAUUUACUUGAUUGAUAAAGUACUUCCUGAAAGUUAUUUUGUCAAUAAUCUCCGGGCAUUGUCUGUGGAUAUGGCUGUCUUCAGAGACCUCUUAAGACUGAAACUCCCUGAAUUAUCUCAGCACCUGGACACUCUUCAAAGAACUGCAAACAAAGAAAGUGGAGGUGGCUAUGAGCCCCCACUCACGAAUGUCUUCACAAUGCAAUGGUUUCUCACUCUCUUCGCCACCUGCCUGCCCAACCACACUGUCCUAAAGAUUUGGGAUUCUGUCUUCUUUGAAGGUUCAGAAAUCAUCCUAAGGGUGUCAUUGGCCAUCUGGGCAAAACUGGGAGAGCAGAUAGAAUGUUGUGAAACAGCAGAUGAAUUUUACAGCACCAUGGGACGUCUUUCUCAGGAGAUGCUAGAGAAUGACCUGCUGGAAAGCCAUGAACUCAUGCAGACAGUUUAUUCUAUGGCACCUUUCCCUUUCCCACAAUUGGCAGAAUUGAGGGAAAAAUAUACCUACAACAUCACACCCUUUCCGGCCACAGUGAAACCCUCCUUAAGUUCUGGGCGACUUGGUAAAACCAGAGACAGUGAUGAAGAGAAUGACCCAGAUGAUGAAGAUGCUGUGGCUAAUGCAGUGGGUUGUCUUGGUCCUUUUAGUGGUCUCUUGGCACCUGAACUGCAAAAGUACCAAAAACAGAUGAAAGAACCUAAUGAAGAGCAGAGUCUGAGGUCUAAUAACAUCGCUGAGCUGAGUCCGGGAGCCAUCAAUUCUUGUCGGAGCGAGUAUCACGCAGCUUUUAAUAGCAUGAUGAUGGAGCGCAUGACCACAGACAUCAAUGCCCUCAAGCGGCAGUAUUCUCGGAUUAAAAAGAAGCAACAGCAGCAGGUUCACCAGGUGUAUAUCAGGGCAGACAAAGGGCCAGUCACCAGCAUCCUCCCAUCUCAGGUCAACAACUAUCCAGUUAUCAACCACCUCCUCUUGGGAAAGAAGAUGAAGAUGUCCAACCGAGCUGCCAAGAAUGCCGUCAUCCAUGUCCCGGGCCACAUGGGGGGCAAAACCUCCCCGGGCCCUUAUGAUGACCUGAAGACAAAGCUCAACUCGCCCUGGAGGACUCACAUCCGUGUUCAUAGGAAGAGCAUGACCAGGAGCAAGAGUCAACUGGGCUGCGGGGACACGGUGGGGCUGAUCCAGGAGCAGAGUGAAGGCAGCCGGCCUCAGAGCCGAGGGGCCCCCGAUGCCCUUCCCGGGGGUGCAGGAGCACCGCCGGCUCCCGGAGAGGUCGAGGAGGGCAGUGGCAGUGGCAGCGCGGGGCGGACCAUUGAAGGCCGCUCCCCAGAGCCUGCAUUUGGGGAGGCCGAGGUCGACGUGUCUGCAGUGCAGGUGAAGUUAGAGGCCUUGGACCUGAGCCCUGAGGCCGAGGGGGCCACGGGGGGACACCCCCCCAGCCAGCACUACCUCUCCGAGCUGCCUCCACCAGCUCCUGCAGAAAGCAAAGCCCCCUGCCACACACCUCCCCAAGGCGGGCCCCCUAAGACACCCAUCUUUAGCCCUUUCCCCAGCGUCAAGCCCCUGCGGAAAUCAGCCACAGCCAGGAAUUUGGGCCUCUAUGGCCCCUCGGAAAGAACCCCCAGUGUGCAUUUCCCACACAUGAGCCGCAGCUUCAGCAAACCCGGCGGUGGCAGCAGUUGCACCAAGAAACGGUGAUGUGAUGUGAAAUGAUAUGACCCCGCAGGUCUGCAAUCUGCUCUUCUGUGUGCAAAGGCGCUGAGGGUCAGGGUUCCAGCUGAAGGACUCCAAAGGCUGUUGGGUCACCCAGUGGGGGGAUGAAUAACAAGGCAG